CUGCUCACUGCUGGUAUUCUGGUGGUGCCCAAGCUCGUGAAUUUAACGUCGUUCUUGGCUCAGUCAAUCUUUUACUCUGGCGGUACUCGUAUCACUACCCGCAAUGUCCGUGUACAUGGAAGUUACAACGACUGGACUCUUGCCAAUGACGUUGCUGUGAUCAUCAUCAACCGCGUUAACUACUCCAAUACCAUUAGGAACAUUGGCCUAGCAAGCGGAAGCAACCAAUACGUUGGAUCAUGGGCCACGGCUUCAGGAUUCGGCAAAACCAGCGACAGUUCUGGAGCGUCUUCGACCAUGAGACACGUAAACUUGCAAGUUAUUACCAAUGACGUGUGCAGACGUACUUACGGAAACAUGAUUGGAUCGUCUAUCAUCUGUGUUGCUACUCCCAACGGACGCAGUACCUGCGGAGGAGACUCCGGUGGUCCCCUGGCUAUUAGUAACACAUUGAUCGGAGUUUUGUAUCUUUCGGUCAUCGUGAUGGGUGCACUCGUGGACACCCCGCCGGUUUCGCUAGAGUCACAUCCUACAACUCAUGGAUCCGAUCCAUCUAAUCUGCUAACAUAG